GUGGGUGGGUGAGUAGAGACGCUCACAAACACUCUCCGAUGAUACUCUAAAUAUUCCUUCUGUGAGACUUUAACAUUUUGACCUAGAGCUUAUGUUGUUAAUGAGUCUUUAUUAUCCACACUGAACCAUAACUGUUGUUUGAGCUGUUCAGAUAUCUGCAUGAUAUUCAGAGAGAUGAAGUGCUGCGGAAGUCACAAAAAGGAAGCGACACUUGACUUAAAACAGGAAGUACAUCUUUCUCUCUUCUACACAAUCAUUCGUUCAGAAGGGUCAGUUGAGGGUGUGAGAGCGAGAGGCAGAGACGGAGACACACGAUGGUUGAAUUCAGACGGAUUAAAGCCACUUUGUUUGUGAUACUGCUGCUUCAGGGUACAGCAGUCGCUGGAAAAAAUACCCUCUCAUUUACUGUCAGAGCUGGACAUGAUGUCACUUUGCCUUGUGGAAAUGUGAUAAACCCUCAGCAUAAAUGUAAGAGUACUACCUGGAUCUACAGUCGUGAUGGUGGAACAACAAAUGAGCUGAUUGCUCAAGGGCAGAUUAAAAGGGACAUUUACAAAGCUAAAUCAGACAGACUCCAUUUGACAGAAGAAUGUUCCCUGGUUAUUAAAAAUGUCACACCUGUGGAUGCUGGUCUUUACACCUGCAGACAGUUUCCAGAACCAGGAGGACUACAACAAGGUCCAGACUGUAAUGUUCUCCUGUCUGUUAUUUUCAUGACUCAGGAUAAAGACAAUGAUGACGUCACCUUGUUCUGUGCUGUGAGGACAUACGAGUGUCAACACACAGUGCAGUGGCUGUACCAGGGGAAUCAGGAUGAUGUGGAGAUAAGAGCAGAUGCCUGUUCAUCCAGGGUGAUACUUGCUUCUCAUCUUAAUCAAAAGUUGCUGAAGUGUAACGUGACAGUUACUGAGACUGGAGAAACUCUGCUCUUAGAUGCGUGCCCCCAGUCCUCGUGUGAGAAAACAGGAAGCAAACCAAAAGGGACAAGUAUUCCCCCGCCAGACUCUCCAAAAAAUAUUUUAGAUGUUUUUCCAGGUUGGUUGAGGCUCAUCAUCGUGCCUGUCAGUUUAGCAUCGCUCAUAAUAAUUGUGGUUGCGGUCACGAUACGGACGAGACCUAAAGCGAACAGAGCACAGACGGAUGAUGCUGCUGUGCAUAAUGAUGAAGAUGAAGGUACAGUGACCUAUGAAAACGUUGGAGAACCUUCUGCCUCCAUUAGACUCCACUGAUCCACAGGUUCAGCAUGAACUCAUAAAGAAAAGUAAGGAAGCUCGUCACAUAAUAUUAGGAAGUGUCUCAGUAGUUGUUGAAAGUAUGUCUGAAUUGGAUCAUUUUAAAAACUAAAACUUAAGUUUUGUUCUAGUUUUUAAAACUCUUUAUUCACACACUCACAGGAACGAACGCACACACAGUCAUCAUGAUUUGAAGCAUUGCUCUUGGCAUGUUCAUUAUUUUUGUCUGGGUUUAAAUUACCUUUAGGUCUCUUUAACAAAACGUGAUAAAUAAAUGCCUAAAACUUGUGACAUAAUCAGGAGUAGUUCCUUAGUUGUGGAAAACGUCCGUCUUAAAGCAGCUAACAUUUAAAACAUUUAGUCUAAUGAGAUAUUAGUGAUUUCUGUUUCCAGUUUAAGCUUUAUCCAAGUUUUAUGAUACCCUUCAUGCACACACACACACACACACACUCACACACACUCAGAAUGUAACACGUUGCUGUGAACAUGUUCAGUGGUGGUGUGAUUUGUGUUCGUUUGGGUUUAAAUGAGCUUUCAGCCUCAAUAGAGUCUCUUUAUUCUAACUGAGUGUUGUGCUCAUUUGCAUGUUGUUGUUGUUGUUUGUGAGCACUGGAUGGCGCUAUUGGGCAAAGGGUAUUAAGGUGACCUCACCGGCACAGGAGCGGGUAUCUAAACCUCACAGUAUCAACUCCUGGUGAUAAUGAGUGGCAACAGGCACCACACUGAGUAUUGUAGGAUCUAAAACAACUAAAUGCAAAACCUUGUAUCAUCAUCCUGAAUAUUUUCCUGGUUGUUAGAUUAAAGUCUUCAUAGUCUUCUACUUAGACAUGUUAACAAUGCAUUGCUUUUGAUGGAUAAUAUCUUAACACAAAACAAUAAUUGCUGUUCAUUUAUUACAUUGCUGUAAACGUGUUUGCUGUUGGUUCAAUAUGUUUGUGUACAUUUUAUCGUUAGGGUUUGAAUGAGCUUUCAGCCUCAACAGAGUCUCUGUGUUCUAACUGAGAUUUAUAUAAUCUGUAAAUUAAAGUGCCUAAUACACACUCAUGCAAUGUGGAAGGUUCGUCUGUGGUGCAGCAUCCAGACUCCUCCAUAAACUCCAGUACAUCCAGACUUCUGCCGCCUGUCUCCUCACCCACACCCGCUCCCAUGACCACAUCACCCCUGUCCUGCAGAACCUCCACUGGCGCCCCGUCCCAAAACGCAUCCACUUCAAGAUCCUCCUCCUCACCCACAAAGCCCUCCAUCACCAGGCCCCCUCCUACCUCACAGAACUGCUCCAGCACCACACUGCUUCCCGCAGCCUCCGCUCCUCAGACGCCAACCUCCUCUCACUCCCUCCCAGGACCUAGCUCCGGACCUGGGGGGGACAGAGCCUUUUUCUGUCGCCAACCCCUCCCUCUGGAACCCACUCCCCAAAAACAUCUGUGACUGCCCCCACCUCACCCUGUUUAAAUCUCAAAUCAAAACUCACCUUUUCAAAACUGCUUUUAAUCUGUAAAUUAAUGGCGUGUUUUAAAUAUAUUAAGUGUGUUGUUUGAAUUAUGAUUUAUGAAUUGUUGCUCUGUAAAGUGUCUUUGAGUUUUUAGAAAAGUGCUCUGUAAAUAAAAUGGAUUAUUAUUA